AUGUCCAGUGAGGUUGCUCUGUUGACACCAAUCAGUGUUGCUGAUCCUAAAGCAAUUGACCUUGAUCUGUCCUUAAAAUUAGAAGAGGCCCUGAAACCUCAUGGCAUUUUUGAAAGCCCAGAAGAAUUGGCUCAUAGAAUGGAAGUUUUAAGUAAAGUAAAUUUAUUAGUCCGUCAAUGGAUCAUAGAUGUUAGUAAAGAAAAGAAUAAUAUACCAGAAAACAAGGCAGAAUGUUUUGGUGGAAAGGUGUUCACAUUUGGGUCAUAUAGAUUAGGAGUUCAUACUAAAGGUGCUGAUAUUGAUACAUUAUGUGUGGCACCAAGACAUGUUGAUAGACCUGAUUUUUUCUCCUCAUUUCAAGAAUUAUUGCGUCAACAACCAGAGGUCAAAGAUCUUAGGGCUGUAGAGGAAGCCUUCGUACCAGUUAUUAAAAUGGAAUUUGAUGGUAUUGAGCUUGAUAUGUUAUUUAGUAGACUUGCUCUACCAAUCAUACCUGAGGAUAUAGAUUUAAGGGCUGAAAACUUGCUUAAAAACUUAGAUGAAAAAAGUGUCAGAAGUUUGAAUGGUUGCAGAGUGACUGAUGAAAUUUUAUAUCUGGUACCAAAUAAAGAUAACUUCAGAAUGACCUUACGUGCAAUAAAACUUUGGGCAAAAAAGAAAGGAGUUUAUUCAAAUGCACUAGGAUUUUUUGGUGGUGUAUCAUGGGCUAUGUUGGUAGCUAGAGUGUGUCAGCUUUAUCCUAAUGCAGCACCAGCCACUCUUGUACAUAAAUUUUUCUUAGUCUUCAGUAAAUGGGAUUGGCCUCAUCCUGUGUUAUUAAAACCUAUAGAUACUUCAGAAAAUAAACUUGGUUUUCCUGUCUGGGAUCCUAGGAUCAAUCCUGCUGAUAGAUAUCAUUUAAUGCCUAUUAUUACCCCAGCCUAUCCUCAACAGAAUUCAACAUAUAAUGUAACUAAAUCAACACGUACUAUUAUAACAGAUGAACUUGUUGAAGGUUUAGAAGUAGUUAAUAAGAUAUAUGAAGGUGAAGAAGAAUGGGCCAGAAUAUUUGAACCUUCCAAUUUCUUUCAAAAAUACAGACAUUACAUUGUACUGACUGCUAGAGCAGAAGAAGAAGAACAUUAUUUAGAAUGGAAAGGUUAUGUGGAAUCUAAAAUUCGAUUGUUAGUAGGAAAUUUAGAAAGAAAUUUAUUUAUUAAACUUGCUCAUAUCAUGCCUGAGUCAUUUGGUCCCUUUAGUGAAAGUGAAGGCAAGUUCAUGUGUAAAUGGUUUAUAGGGUUAUUAUUUCAUGAUACUAAAUCAGCUAAUGUAGAUUUAACAUUUGAUAUUCAGUCUUUCUCUGAUGUAGUUCAUAAAACAGCUAUACAUAUUAAUUUAUUUAAAGAGGAUAUGAGAGUUGAAAUCUCCUAUGUCAAAAGGAAGCAGCUAGACCAGUUUGUUCCACAGGAAGUGUUAACUCGAGGAAGACCAAUAAUAAAAAAACGGGUAAGAUUUAAAAAUGACUCUCAUUUUGUGCAUUGA